GCGCACUAAUUGGAUAAUUAGUGGUGCGAGGAAGCCCAAAGGAGCAAAGCAACAAGGGGAAAAUACCCGAGACAAAAAGCGAAUUCGAUAAAACGAGCGGCCGCUCGAAGCGGCCACUGCACAGCGCCCUCUCGCCUCCUCGCCUCGCCGCCGCCGCCGGCUUAAGGCUCUCCUCCCCGCGCCGUACCGGCGGGAGUGUGGAGGUGUUGUGCUGCGGCGUGGGUGUGUUGGGAGUUGGGGGGUGAAGCAUGAUGGAUGGAUCCACCGCUGCGGCGGCGGAGCUGGAGGCGGCGGAGAGGGUGGUGAUGAGGUGGGACUCCACGGCGUCGGCGUCCUACGGGGGCGGGGGCGGGGACGAGCAGAUGCUGUUCGAUGGCGGCGGUGACCGGGUGGAGGCGGAGCGGUUCCUCCGGGCUGUGGAUGACCUACGGCGGCUGGCGCCGCCGUCCCCGGCCACGGUCGGGAGCCCGCGCCGCACCUCGUCGGCUAGCGGCGGCGGAGGGGCGGCGUCCAACGCCGUCCAGGUCGCGAUGGCGCGGCUGGAGGACGAGUUCCGCCACGUGCUGUCGUCGCGCGCCCUCGACCUGGAGAUCGAGGCGCUCGCCGACCUCACCUCGCUCUCCAUGUGCAGCGACCGGACCAACUCCGCGGACGUCGCCGAGGAAGCGGCGGCUGCGGACGAAGACGACUCCGUGUCGUCCUCCGUCGGCCGCCGCAGCAGCUACCGCUCGCUGCGCAGCAUCCGAGAAAUCGAUCUCCUCCCCGCGGACGCCAUCUCCGACCUCCACGCCAUCGCCUCCCGCAUGGCCGUCGCCGGCUACGGCCGCGAGUGCGUCCAGGUGUACGCCUCCGUCCGCAAGCCGGCCGUCGACUCCGCGCUCCGCCGCCUCGGCGUUGAGAAGCUCAGCAUCGGCGACGUGCAGCGGCUCGAGUGGGAAGUCCUCGAGGCCAAGAUCCGCCGCUGGAUCCGUGCUGCCCGCGCCGCCGUCCGCGGCGUCUUCGCCAGCGAGCGUCGACUCUGCUUCCUCAUCUUCCACGACCUUCCCCUCUCCAGCUCUACCAUCACCACUGCCACCCACGACGCUCCCUUCGCGGAAGCCGUCAAGGGCGCCGCCCUGCAGCUCUUCGGCUUCGCCGAGGCGAUCAGCAUCGGCCGCCGCUCACCGGAGAAGCUGUUCAAGAUCAUUGACCUGCACGACGCGAUCGCCGAUCUGUUGCCUGACGUCUCCGACAUCUUUGCUGCAUCCAAGGCCGGGGAAUCCAUAUACGUGCAGGCUGCCGAGAUCAGGUCGCGUCUCGCUGAUGCCGUGCGUGGUAUACUGUCGGAAUUUGAGAACGCUGUGCUUCGUGACCCGUCGAAGACUCCGGUGCCUGGUGGUACCAUCCAUCCUCUCACUCGCUAUGUCAUGAAUUACAGUAGCCUCAUUUCUGACUACAAAACCACACUGUCUGAGCUGAUUGUGUCGCGGCCAUUGGCUUGCUCCCGAAUUGCUCCUGAGGGCAAUGAGAAUGCCCCAUCCUUCCCUGAUCUUGACCUUGCCGACCCUGACAGUCAGUUACCCCUUGCUGCUCAUCUUAUCUGGAUUAUUGUGGUUCUUGAGCACAAUCUUGAGAGCAAAGCAUCACUCUACAAGGAUGCGGCACUCUCUCAUUUGUUCGUCAUGAACAAUGUACACUAUAUUGCACACAAGAUAAAGGAUUCACCGGAGCUCCGGGGGCUUAUUGGUGAUGAGUAUUUGAAGCAGCUGACAGGUAAGUUCCGGCUCGCAGCCACUCGCUAUCAACGGACAGCAUGGUUGAAGAUCCUGAAUUGUCUGAGAGAUGAAGGUCUGCAUGUCAGUGGGGGCUUUUCAUCAGGGGUAUCCAAAUCAGCACUCCGGGAGCGUUUCAAGUCUUUCAAUGCUGCAUUCGAGGAGGCACAUAGGGUUCAAUCUGCUUGGUAUGUGCCAGACACGCAGCUGAGAGAAGAGCUUAGGAUAUCAAUAGCAGAGAAACUUCUUCCAGCAUAUCGAUCCUUCCUUGGUCGGUUCCGGCAUCACAUAGAGAAUGGAAGGCACCCAGAGUUGUACAUCAAAUACUCAGUUGAGGACCUUGAGACGUCCGUCACAAAUUUCUUUGAGGGUUGUCCACCUUCGCUACAUAACAGGAGAAGAUCCCAUGGAUGAGAGGUGGCUUGAAGACUCAAAAGAUCUCUAUUGUUGACUGAUGAGUGUGGUUGCCUAGUAUUCUACAAUGCUUCGGGAAAAGCAAGACUUAAGGGUAUAGUUGGUGAUGAUUUCUUCUACUAGAGGUAAUCUGAAACAGGAUCAGGAUCUUAUUGAAACUGUCAAAUUCCUUAGUGGUUCUUCCUUUUAUAGCCAACCUUGUUCGUUUGUUACACUAUCAUCAUAUCUUUUAUGAUUAGAUUGUUCAUAUAGGUCUGUUCUUUCAGAAUGUUUCGCAGUUGUAAGUUGUAACAUCAUGGUGUUUGUUUGACACUUAACUGAGUGUCUUGUCACCUUUUUGGUUGUUCAGAUAUAUAUUAAGAUUGCACUUCAUAGAUUAGAUGUAAAAACAAAUCUGUGUUACUGGGUUUUACCUAUGCAAGACCAUGUUCUGCCUUAAA